AUGGAAGAGGCUUGGAGUUUUUCCAACUUCGAUUCAAAGGUCGACAACGAAAGUUUAGGAGCUAAGUUAAAAUCUCUAAUCGAAUAUGGCAUUAAAGGAGAUUUGCCCAAUGAGGUUGUUGCAGAGCAUCGCGAAUGGAACAAAAAGUUUCCAGAUCUUACUGUUGUUGGAUCAAGUUUAAAACUUCCGAAAAGGAUCAACUCGGAAAAAGCGCAGCUCUUAAAUAUGAUUACUACUAGACUUGUUCAGCACCACUUGCUACCUGAAGUAAGUGCUUACGUUACAAUAGACUUUUACUCCUUUCAGAUGAAAAGAAUAUUGGAGAAAAACCGAAAUCAUCCUUCUUCUACCGUUGGAAAGCCGAGAUCACAAACCUUCUCCUUGCCAAGAAUAAUAUGA